AUGUCCACCCCAGCUAGGCGGAGGCUAAUGAGAGAUUUCAAGAGGUAAGCGCUCUUCCCCUUUCCUUCCUCCUCCGGAGAGCUCUGGCUGCUUCCCAGGGCCGGAAUGCGCCCCCUCCCUCCCGCCUUCUCUGGAGGAGGAGGAGGAAGGGGUCCUCCCUCGCUCUUGGGGACCCCCUUGUGAGAGCCUAGCUGCUCACCUUUGCCUUUUGCCCUUCCAGAGGAGCUGGGGGGGGGCUUUCUGUGUUUAGGGCGGAGGGGAAGAAGAACUCUAGAUUUCGCCUGUCCGUCUCUACCCCCAAAAAAACCUGCUGGGAGGACAAAGAGUUCAAGAGUUUCCACUUCCUCCCCUCGAAAAGAUCUGCCCUUGCCCCGCACCCAGACUGCCCCCCACCCUUCCUCCUUCCCCUUCCUCCUCUCUUAAGAAGGUGCUUCUAUAAGAACAAGGGCUGUGCUAGACAAAAGACUUAAGAAGCUUGCUGGGUUUUGCCCUCUUCUCUCUUCAACCCCCCCCCCCAAAAAAAAUAAGAGAGAGGCCAAACUGAUUCGAGAGACCAUUCCCCCUUUUUUUGGCUUUGACGCCCCUUUGUAGAAUACUUGUCUUGUUGAUAUAAGGGAGUUGGAUUGAAAUAGACUGGAUUGACCACGUCACAGGUACAGAUGAAGCCCCCCCCCAACUCAGGGGAAUGACCUAGGGAGCCAGUUUGUUUAUAGCAUGGGACGUUAUGCAAAAUAGUGAUUAGGUCACUGGUUUUAAGAAGUCGCCUCUUACCUGUUUUUUUUCUAUCCUGCACCCACCCCUCCAAGUACUCAGCAUGCAAGCUGCCUUUGGGGUUUGCCGAGUGUGAAAACGGGUUUGUUACAUAAAAGCCACAGUAAAUGGUAUACCCAAGAAAUGAUUUUCAACAGUUUGGUUUUCUUUUCUUUUUAAGGAAGGAAACUGGUAGGCCACAGAGCUGUAUUAAAUGCAAGCUUUGUUAUUUCCGUUUAAUAGAGUUUUUCUAUGCUCUUCAUCCACUGAUCCCAAAGCAUCUUGCCAAUGUGAUGCUUCAAAAAUAAAAGAAGCCAUUGUCACAGCCUCAGGUUACCUAGUGAGCCAACAGUGGAGCUGUAAAUAAAACUCCAUCCAGUCCAGUGUCCCCCUCUUUCGUUUAGCUAUGUUGAAUCUUUUAAUCCCCAAGGAUCUGCUCCAGAAUAGAGUUUCAGUGCAUUUGGUAUUCACUCUACUCUGUUCCCUUAUGACUUGGACUUAUGCAAAGAGAAUUGGUAUAUGAAUUAUCUCUCAGAAAUAAGGCUGGCCUGUGAAUUCGAUAGCUUCCUGGGUGGGGGGAUAGGGGAAAUGGUGGAGAGAAACAUUGAUUUUUUAAAUUUUUGCUAUAUAACCAGCUGUGUUUUUCAAAAUCAGGGAGAAUGCUGACUGUGCUUAAGUGAAUGCAAUGAUUUUAGUCAUGGCUUAUAGAAAAUGCUAACUUUCUCACACUGAAGUUGUUUGUGCCUAUUACAAUGGAGGCUUGUGUUGUUUCCGUGUUUGUUUAGGGCUGCUUCCUAUAAUUGCUCUUUGCCUCUUAGCUUUUACUGACAUCUGGAGGCAUCUGUGAAGGUUAUGCUGAAGUUGGCAAAAUAAUGGCCAUUUUAUUUUCUCAAGCAGGUUGCCAAGAAAGACAUCCUAUCCAAAUAUGCUUUUCCUGGCACUGCAAAUGGAUUCUACAUGUCCAUAUUCUAUAAAUUUACAAUAUAUACAUUGUAUACCUAAAUAUUGUUUAGAUAACAUUACACAGGAACUAUUACAACAUGGAUGUUGUUAAGUGUACAGACAGCUAUAUGGUCUCCAACUUUGCUUAAAUUUGGAAUUAAUAGAGGAGUAAAGAAACAAAAUAACUGUAUGAACAGGUGAACAUUUUAAGAUGGGAUCCAGUUGCUGCUGAAUUGCCAUAGGACUGCAGAUAGUUGUAUUUCCCCAGUAUGGCAAAUGUGGUUAUGCCAUGCCACAGAAUGGGUUGGUGCUGUGACACAAUGGCCGUAUCCAACAAUGCAGUAUUGCACAAAGCUGUGAUCCUGAACAGUUUUCUUGAAUGCAUUCCAUUGAAACCAGCAAGGCUUACUUUGAAAUAAAUGUGUCAGAAUUAAUUUCAGGAACUGAACUUAUACAUUCCUCAGUCAAGCUAAGUUUCACUAUGGGAACUUUAUACUUCCAGGUUCCUUUUAAUAAUUGUUUUACUGGUUUCACUAUACUGACUUAAAUUUAAAAAUAUGCCCUAAGACACCUUAUGUUGCAUCUGGAACAACAUGGGGGAAAAAAAUUAUGACCCCAGAACCAAGCAAUAUUUUCACCAAGGCACCGAUGUUUUGAAAACUGACACAAAAGUUAGAAAGGUUAUGAUUAGAAUUUAAACUGCACUUAACUUGCUAGUUGUUGUUUUUAAACCCAGUGUUAUGUGAGCUAGGACAGUCCUUUUGAAAGAGGACAUAAAAUGCACUAACUAAGGGAUCCCUAGCCUAACAUUUGUUAAACAACUCCACAUAACACUAUUGAUGAAGACAUUUUAACUACUGAAUGGGGAAAUAUCUGGCACUAGAAAUCUCAAAAUGGAAUGCGUUAGUUUCACAGUGCAUGCUAGAUAGCUGGUUUUACAUAGAAACUGGGAUUCAUGUCAGGAAACACUUAGUUCAAAGCUCACCUCAACUGUUCUAAGUAUUCUUGGAUAACGUAUGUGAAGUGUUUUGAACAUUUGAAAUUUACUAUUUAAAUGUUGAGUAUUUGGCACUCAAGCCAUCUGAGUUAAGGAAGGUAUAUUUUGCUUAAGUCUUGUUUCAUUUAGGUUGACUUGGUAGUAAAUGGCAUCCUUGCUCCCUCUAAUCUUCAAUUAACUGUUUGCAUGUGAAAUCCCAGUCAGGGCUGCAAAAUCUUCAUAGCUGAAGGCUUUUCACAGCAUGGUGUUCAUGAAGCUUCAAGAACCAAAGCUAUCUCUGAACAGCACAUGGGGCUUAAUGCUUUUGCUGAGACACUGGCAUGCAAGCUGGCUAUCAUGUAGCAAGAAGUCACGUUCCUUUGCUCUCCAGCCAAGGUUUUAGGUAGCUUGUGCUGUUGACAUUAAACUGAUUGAACUGAGCAUGCUCCAAGAAGAGAGCUGUAUAAAUGCAGGGUAGUUUUAAGGGCAAGGAACUGUAUGUAGACUGACAAUGCAGCAUGCUGUUAAUUUGCUGUUAUUCCUAAUGCCACUCUGUUGCAAGUCUUCCUUCCCAAUACAGUGGUACCUUGGGUUAAGUACUUAAUUCGUUCCAGAGGUCCUUACUUAACCUGAAACUGUUCUUAACCUGAAGCACUACUUUAGCUAAUGGGGCCUCCUGCUGCCGCCGCGCCACCAGAGCACGAUUUCUGUACUCCUCCUGAAGCAAAGUUCUUAAGCUGAAGCACUAUUUCUAGGUUAGUGGAGUCUGUAACCUGAAGCGUAUGUAACCCGAGGUACCACUGUAAAUGGAAAUGUACUUUUUGAUGUGAGGGCUACUGACAGAGAAUUAUUUCAGUGUCUUAAACCUCUAAUUUUCCUCGGCAAAAUGUUGCAAACUCUUAAGUAAACAUGAUUAACAGACUAUCACUAAUAUUGUAGUUCUGCUGUAAAAAUGUCCGUAUACAAUACUGGCAUAACAAGGCAAGCUCUUGUGUUACAUAAAGUAAGCGUGUGGAGGUCAUAUUUGCCACAUGGAAGGAGUUCACUCUGUCUCUUCAGCUUUUCUUUAAGAGAUGUCCCUGUAUGUAAUCCAGCUUGAGGAACUGAGUGACUUUUAAAAAAGAUGCAUCUUGACCAUGUUGGGACUUUUUUUUUUUAAUGGAGUAACAUAUGGAGGUGGGUUGAAAUGGGCUGGCACAGCACACUCUGAAAUCAAAUUGUUCCACCAACCAAAAUAGAACAGCACUGUCUCACUACAGAUAUUAUUAAUGAUCAUCAUUUCUCUACUGAAAACCCAGAUAAAAUAUAUUUCUGUAGUGUACAGAAUCUCAAAACCAGAGCAACAUAAAUAAAAUUGAAGCAAAAUACAUUUAGGAAGCUUAAGUAGAGUCUGGGUCACCUGACAAGGUUAUGAAAACUAUAAAUUAUUUCCAUGGGAAAGCUUCCUGAAAUAGUGACAUAAUAACACAAGUAGGCACAUAAGACUCAUUACAGAUGAUGUCUACUUGCUUUCAUUAGGUAUAGAGUUCCAUAAUCCCAUGCCAUCACUUUAAAUUCACAAUUUCUUGUUGAGGAUAGCCAGGCACCAUUUGACAAGUCUUAUGUGGCAGGAUACAAAGUUCAAGCAGUGGUUAUGGAAUAGGGCAGCAUUUGAAGUACAUUGGCCUUAGGUUGUUUAGAACUUCAUAUACUAAUAGUAAGACCUUGAAGAAAGAUAAUCAGCAUGUGAUAGCCGGUGCAGCUCCCUCAACACAGGUGUUGGUUUGUUGGUAGCCAACACCCAAUAGCAACCGGGCUGUGGAAUUCUGCACCAGCUGCAGCUUUCAUACCAGCCUUAAGGGUAGCCCAACAUAAAGCGCAUUACAUUAGUCUAUCCUAGAGGUCACCAAUGCAUGAGCCACCAUAGUGGAGCUAACCCACAGCUGACAAACCAGCUGAAUCAAGGGUCUUGAUUUCACCUGAUGUUUCAGUAAUGUUCUGUGUUUCAAACAGACAUAAUUUAUGGCUUCAGUAGAUACUUGCCAAUAUGUGAACAAAUAACAGUUCAUUUUCCAUAUAGUUAUCUCCUAGCGAUGGUCUGAAUGCUCAUGAGAAGGAUUCAGCUUGCUAGUAGAGCAUCUGUUUGGAUGCAGAUGGUCCCUGCCUCAGUACCCAGCAAUAGCCACCACAAAGCAGAUCUCAGGUUGACUACCAACACUACUUACGUGGUGGCAUAAGUGAGCAGACAAGCUUUGCUUACAUCAGGCACCAGAAGUGCUAUGCCUGAGAAAAGAUGUGCAAGUGUCCCCAACUCUCCUCCUCUUACAGCUGUAGAAAAGAGGAUAAUCAUCAUAGACACCUAUACAGAAUGCUGGCUGCCCAUUGAGGAGACAGAAAACCAGAUGGGAGGAGGAAUGGGUGGAAUAUCAUAAAGAAAGGCAUGGCUGGUUGGUUGGUUGGUUGGCUGGCUGGAAUAGUGUGUUUACACUAUGGAUUUUAAUGUCUCCAUGCAUUCUGCUUUCUUCUUUAAAGAUUACAGGAAGAUCCACCCGUGGGGGUCAGUGGUGCACCAUCUGAGAACAACAUAAUGCAAUGGAAUGCAGUUAUUUUUGGGUAAGUGAACCUUACCUUCAUUAUAAAGGAAAUGAAUGAAUAUAUUCUAAGUUAUUUUAUUCUAAGUUGUCACUUUCACAAAUGCUAAAUGAUGACUGAAACAAUAGAGCUCAUCAUUGAAAACAGAUUGUUAAGGGCCCAGUCUUGCACUCCAGAGUAUUCAGUUUAACAGGGCAACAUGGAACAUAAAGGAUAAGAUUCAACUAAGAAGCCCCACCAGUGGAAGCCCAUGCAAGGACUUCUGCUAGCUCAGCAGGGCUUCCCCCUCUCCUACCUUGCACACACACAUGCCCAAAGUGGGGGUGGGGUCAGGAGAACCCCUUGAACAACAUGCAGGGGGAGGGGCACAAAUGUUUGUGUUGAUGGAGCAAUCUGUUUAGCACUAAAUUGAAUCCCUCUCAAAUCAUUCUCUUUUAAGCUUUCUUAUGAUAUAGCAUGUAAUUGUACAAGCAUGACACUUUUAAUUGAGAAUGGAACAAGCUGAGCACUUUGGCUGAAAAUUCCAGUGAAUGUAUUGUCUCAAAUUAUAGCUUUGCAAGUGAGACUCUUUGCAGAGGCACUGCAAUAUCUAGAGUUUGGGAAUCAAAGAUAUUUUCAGUAACACAUUUAUAUACCAAGCUACUGGCCACUGUUUUAUGAGAACCUAAGUGGCAGAAAAUAGCUUGUGAGUUCUGUUUGUUCAUUUACAGUUAAGGAAUUAUUAAUUCGUAUUAUCUCUCUUUCCAGGCCAGAAGGUACUCCCUUUGAAGAUGGUAAGCUUUUAAAACAUUUUUUGCUUCUGGUAGCUUUUCUCAAAUUUAGAAUCUAAGCACAGGAAUCUUGCAUUAUGUUGCCAUAUGUUACCUGUAAUAAUUGUCUGAUAUUGUUAUAUUGAGGAUAGCAUUCCAGUUGUAGUAGUAAUACAUGUAAGCAAAGGUAAAGGAGCCCUGGACGGUUAAGUCCAGUCAAAGACGACUUUGGGGUGCAGCGCUCAUCAAACUUAAGGCCGAGGGAGCUAGCAUUUGUCUGCAAACAGCUUUCCGGCUCAUGUGGCCAGCAUGACUAAAUCACAUCUGGCACAACAGGACACAGUGACGAUUGCCAGAGCACACAGAAACGCCGUUUACCUUCCCAUGGCAGCAGUACCUUUUUACCUACUUGCACUGGUAUGCUUUCAAAUUGCUAGGUUGGCAGAAACUGGGAUAGAGCAAUGGGAACUAACCCCAUCAUGCAUAUUCAAACCGCUGACCUUCCAGUUGGGAACCCCAAGAGGCUCGGUGGUUUAGACCACAGUACCACUUGCUCCCUACCCGUAAUGCAUGUAAACAUUGGUAACAAAAACCCAACUACCUGUUUUUAAAGCCCAUUAUUCUUACAGUACCUACUAGCAAGAAGUCCUAGUACUUUAAAUCAUGUAAAUUUACUUGUUUGACCAUAAGCCCCUAACAAUACUAAGGCUGCAGUCCUAACCCCACUCACCUAGGAGUAAGUCACAUUGAAGUCAACAAAACUUACUUUUCAGUAGACCUGUUUAGGAUUGCACUGUACAAUAUAAAUAAAAUCCACUUAGUUGAAAGGGUCUUUUAUCAUUUAGGUUUGCAGCCCGAGUACACAAAGUGCUAAUCAGUCUGAUGGUUUCAUGAAGUAGGUUGUCACAUCCUUAAUCUAAAAUUGGGUCAUCUGGAGGAGUUAUAAAUUAACCAUGACGGACAAUUUGGAAAUAUUUUAAUGCUUGAAUUUGCAGCUGGUUCUACUGGAGCUUCCUCUGACUGCUCCAAAAUUCCUAUCUCCAGUGACAAUUGCAUAUUUGCCAAAAUGGAGACCCUGAUGUAACAGACAGGGAUCCAAAGAACCCCAAGACCAAUUCUGUUUGUUCAAUUGAACUUUGGACUUGUGUUUCUUGAAUAGAACUCCCCCAUGACACAUGGAAAAUAGAUUUUGAAAUUUUGUUGUUCCCUCCCCCUCUCUCCCCCCUCCCAAAUAUUACUGAGCAUGCCCAAGACCUUGGGCAUCGCUAAAGUAGCUAUUUGGCUUUUAGCCACAGUUUCCAUCAACAAGGCACUUAGGCACAGAAUAAAGCAGUCAGACAUAAUUGUUGAUGAACAGCUUGGGUGUCUUCCAAAUGUGAUAUUCAACUGGAAAAGAGUGGGCCCAUGGGGUGGUGGGAGUGUGUGUGUGUGUGUGUGUGUGUGUGUGUGUAUGUAUGUGUAUGUGUAUGUGUGAGAGAGAGAGUGCGCGCGCGCGCACACGAGCACACACAAUAGCCCCACUCAAGGACGGUACCUAAAACCAGACCUUCAGUAUGAUUUUGAGCUUGUAUUCAGUAGAGCCUGCUAAGAUUUGGGGGGAAGUUCACAUUAGUUCAUUCCAACAUUUUUCAUGCUUUUUUGGUAAUGCCUGGCUUUGCCCAUAGCACAUGAUCCUGAUUCCUCUUUUGAUACUGAAAAUAAAAACAACUUCACGUUCCCUUGAACUGAUCUGUAUAUAAAACUGUCUCGGUGAAAAUAACCACAGUAAAGUAUAUGGCUGUUCUUGCAGUGGUUGAAGCAGACUUAAAGCCACCUGUUUAUCACUCUCUAGUGUUGUGUCUUGAACAGGUUUUUUUAAAAAGUUGAAGUUCCAAAAUUUUGUGUGGGUGUUUCCCUCCCACCUUUUGUUUCUUUUAAGAUCUGUAUUGGUCUUAUUUAGAACUAGUAUAUAAGUGUUUCCUGCAAACUUGUAAGUCUUAAUGACCAUAGAGCUGUUCUGUGCUCAUACUGAUUAUUCUAGUUCACACUAGAAGGUGAAGUGGAUGACUCUUGGGUGUCCUACAAAAAAAAUCAGCGGAAGAUUCAACUUUGUAACUUGUUGUAUUUUGUGUGUGUGUUUUAAACUUGAUUCCGUCAGUUGUAGUUGAAAAGGUGGGGUAAAGCAGUUUUUUGUAGAGCUUCCCAGGUUUGAGACAAUUUUUGCUUAGCACCUGUAGUGAAGUAAAUGGCUACUUGCAAGCUCCAGACACCUGAGGCUCUCAUGUAUAGCCCAGGGGAACUUGUUAGUGCAGGGAAAACGCAGGCUGUCAUCACAAAAAUGAUGGCAAAUGUUUCUGAUAAUCUAUUUGAUGGUAAGUUGCUUGUCUCUGACCCAGCCCAUAGAUUCUGUUAGUUUUUGAUACCCAGUUGGAUGUAAUGAAGACUUCAAGGCUGUCAACUGAAUGUUGACAGUUCUCUUUUUUUAAGUGUCCCUUUCUCAAUACGAAAAACACACAAAUGCAGCAAAAAAGAGGCAUGCUUCAAAUUACUGCUGAAAAUGUAGGUACUAGAAGCCUUGUGUAUUUCUAAGAGAAUGUCACUUCUUUCAAAAUAAAAUUAUGGCUGAGGUCAAUGGGCCUUGUAGUCCAAAAUGUUUGGAGGGCACCAGGUUGCUCCAGAAAAAAAGAAAGAAAAGCACACCUGUACUUACUGUCCUGAGAGCAAGUUUUCUUUUGAAACAUUGACAUUUUUAGAUGUAUAGGCAUGCAACUCCUCAUUUGUGUAUAGUGCUUCAUCCUCAGCUGCCCAGCUUUUUUGCUUUUCGUUUUCUCAAAGGAUGUGUUUGACUGUGCUGGAUAAUUUCAGGCCAAUUUACACAUUCAGCUUCUGUCCCCACAUAGAACACAUUAUUAUUUUUAGAAACAGUGUGAAAUGCAUGAGUUCAGAUCCUUGAAAUGUAUCUGUAUCUCACAUAUAUGUAUCUGUGUGUGAAAGAGAGAAAUAUCACAUGAUGAUCUCGAGCAUAGAUUUCAUGCUGCUUUCUUCACAGAAAUACUUUCAUUGUAGUAAAUGUAUAAUGUAUGAAGACCUGUUCAUUAGAACAGUUAAUCAGCGCCAGCUUAAAAUGCCUGUUAUGUAACUCAUAAAUAUCUGAGCUGAAUAGGUUUGCCAGACAUUUAUCUAACUCCAUUUGUGUUUAGUUUUUAAUACCAAACCAAUGUUACAUUUUCAACCUGUGGAAAUUCAAAAGGAAUAUACCUGAUUCAUCUGUAUAUUUUUCUACACAGUUUUAGAUUCUACUCUUGAGUGGGCUGCUAAGAUACUCUUAGGAUGCUGAUGUUAUUUCUAUUCAUAGCUGUGUACUGCAGCAAUUUAUUAACUCUAAAAAUAAUGUUAGACUAAGUGUUUAUUUUUAUUUCAAGAGUAGUAGACCUCUUGUUAAUCAUAAGUGCUUUUGAAAGGAAUUAGUUUUUCUGCUAUAUAUUUGCGAUCUUAAGAUGUUUGUAAUAGCUUUGUUAUAUAACUCUAAACUGCCUUAUGAGAUGGGAUACAAAUGUAUUAAAUAAAAUGUCAUGUUUAGGCUUUUAAAAGCAGAUUCAUCUACAUGAUUUGUUCUUGUUUGUUGCCCCCUUUCCGUCCCUUUCUCUCAUUUUUUACAGGUACCUUUAAACUAGUAAUAGAAUUUUCAGAAGAAUAUCCAAAUAAGCCUCCAACUGUUCGGUUUUUAUCAAAAAUGUUUCAUCCCAAUGGUAAGUUUUCAUAAAGAAUAUGUAAAAACCUUAGAUGCAAGCAUGUGCCCUCUGACUUUUAACAAAGUUUUAAUAUCCAUAUCAAUUGCUGAAGGUAAUUGUCAUGACAACUACUUAACACAGAAAUACUUCACAGCCUGCAGCCAAUACUUUCAUUAAAAUAAUAUCUGAACACUGAACAGCCAUGUCAUACUGGCAAUCAGAAAAAUAAAUGGAAACUAAUUAAGUUUAGAAAUAGUUUGUUCUAUUAGAGACCAGUAAAGAACUUCCUGAUUAAGGGAAUUGCUUUGGAGGGUACAGUGGGGAAUGGGGAAAGAUCCACUGCAUGAGUGGCCGCCUCUGUUGGAUCCAGCCCCCUACAUCUGCAAAAUCCAAAGCCUUAAUGAAUGUUGCAGCUGGAGCUGUAAUCUUCCUUAAUAUCUGUGCUCCUUUUUGGAAGCUUUCUGUCUCAAAAUUUGUUGCUGAAUCCUCUGUGUAUAGCAUAUGGCUGCUUCUCUUUUAGACAAGGAGCUCAGUUAACAGGGAGCAGUAUUGAUGCUGUCCAAGCACUGAUUCAAUCAUUUGACAAGACAUCAAGGCCCUGUGUACAAUAUUUUUGAAACCUUUCCUCCCAUUCUUCCUGUAGCCUAAGCAACUUGCUGUUCAUCAGCUGAAGAGUGAGGAGGAAUGAGAGAUUGUUUUUACUGAGAUGUCAAAUGUAGCUAGACAAUAUACACUGUUUUAAAGAGAGACAGCGAGCCUACAAGCCCAUAAUGUGAAGGAGGAUUGAUCCUCCUUUUGGAGAGGAACUUUUAUGUCCCUGCUCAGUGUGUGUAACUAACAUACGCAUAGAGGAACCCAUAUAUUUUAACUUUGUUAGGAAGAUUGGUUAGAGAUAAAGUGAGAGGGUUCCUCUUCUAUUGCUACAAAUCAAAGGAAACCGAACAUCUUUCAUAUAAUUAUCUUCAGAUUUUGCAUCGGGAUUGUUAUGAGUCAUGAGUCUCUAUCAGCACAUUGAACUGCAGAAAAACCCGUCUUGGGAACGAGAAUUUCACUUUGAUUUUCUUCCUGCCCAAAAGUGAACAAUAAAUAAAUGGAUACUACCUCCCAAAAUGCCUAGUGACCAGUACUUCUAACCUGUGCCCACACAAGAUUAACUGCAGGUUGCCUCAUUGGUGAAAAGUUAGUGUGCAAUAUGCUCUUCUCCUAUGUAUUUUCUGCAGCAUGAUCUAUGCAUGUUUAUGAAGAUUUCAAUAUGAAUUAAAAUGCUGAACUUUUGGAGAAAUGCAUCGCCCGUUCACAUGUAGCAUUAAACUGGCAUAAACUUGAAAUAAUAGUGGUAUAAUUUUAAAACCUUCUUUUCAUUUUAGUAUAUGCAGAUGGUAGCAUAUGUUUAGAUAUCCUUCAGAAUCGCUGGAGUCCUACGUAUGAUGUCUCAUCUAUUUUAACCUCAAUUCAGGUAAUCUUAGUAAAUAACAUACUGCUCUUCAUAGUAGUCUACUCAUCUGAGAAGCUGAUGGGGAAAAUUGCUGAUGAAGAUUGAGUCCUUUCUAUCUUGAGCAAUUUAUUAGAGUGAAUAUUUUGAACUAUUUCUAGUAACUGUACGGCUACUUAGUAAGUCAUUUUGUCUAAAGUGCUUGUCAAAAGGAUUGUUAUUUUUCUUUUACUGUAUCAGUUUAGAUGUAAUAUUAAAUGUAAAUGUUGCAAGAACAGGGCCUGGGCUUCUUGUAACCCUCAAACAUGGCAUUCUACUCUGGUUAGAUCUCUUCAUUUUGAUGGCUGCUGCUUUAUAUUCCACCCCCAAUUUUGGCUUCCUUUUCUCUUUCCAGUCGCUGCUUGACGAACCCAAUCCAAAUAGUCCUGCCAACAGUCAGGCUGCACAACUUUAUCAGGAAAACAAGCGUGAAUAUGAAAAAAGAGUUUCGGCUAUUGUUGAACAAAGUUGGAAUGAUUCAUAA